GACUUUCGCCGAAAAUUUAUUCAGGUUCUUUGUGCUGUGUUGCGUUGUCACUGUCUUGCUCGCUUGAAUGUAGUAUAACAAGUCCAAAACACCAGUAUCGCGAAUCGAAGCAAGGGCACGCGUGAGAGACUAUAAGAGACCUCAAUUGAAGAGUUGCAGACGUUCGGCAGUGUGAUUGAGCUUCACAGCGACAGACUACACACCAAAUGGACACGCACUCCCAGAUGGCACAUAGAAUGGCCGCACCAAGCGGCCCAGCAGAUGACGGACUACCAGCCUCACCUCUCCUCCGCCUACCCAUGGAAAUCCGCCUCAUGAUAUACGAAUUCAUGCUGCUCCCCUCCUCGCAGCCCUGCACAGCCCACUCCACCUCCGUCGCCAACCUGCGCCCCGACUUCCACACCUACCUCUCCCCGGACACCAACCCCGACCCCUUCACCCUCAGCAUCCGCACCAUCGACCCCUGGCUCGGCGCCCAAGCAAACCGCACCUGGCGCCGCCGCAGCACCUACCACGUCCGCACCGGUACGUUCCCCCACUACACCGCGCCCUUCGCAAACCCCUACUCAUCGCGCAUCCAAGGCCCCUUCCUGACCACCACCACCCCGACCACGUACCGCGUGCUGCUCUCGCCGUACACCGCGCACCUGCGCACAACAGUCCCGUCGCUGCUAGCCCUGAACCGCCAGAUCCACGCCGAGGCCGCGAAGGUGCUGUACUCGAGCUACACCUGGGCGUUCCACACCUCGAUCGAGGCCGCGGUGCCGUUCCUGUCGGACCUGACGCCCGCAGCGCUGAGCGCCGUUGCGCGCCUCAGUCUGACCAAGAAGCCGCUGCCGUACACCAAGGAAUUCGACCGCGCGGAGUGGGCGCAUUUGUGCGCGUUCCUGGCCGCCGCGACGACUCCACAACCCGCAGCCACGACCCCGAACUCCGCGCGCCAAUCCGAGACAGAGCACCCGGCAAUGUGCCUCUCCCACAUCGACCUGCACCUCGCCACCGCCCGCCCCUCCCCCAGCAGCCCCCCCAUCACAGCCCCAACCGCCGCCGACUACGCCACCAUGCAGCGCCUGAAACAGCAAUGGGGCGGGGGCGGCGGCGUGGACCUCGAGUGGGCAGAGCAGCUGAUGGCGGUGCGCGGGCUGCGCAGCGUGGGCGUGCGGGGCGUGGCGGAGCACUGUGCGCCGGCGGUGAGGAGUCGGAGGGCUGAGGCGUUGGGUGAUUUGGAGCGGAGGUUGAGGGUUUGGGUAAUCUGAAGCGAGGGCUGAGGAGGGGUGAUGGGGGUAGGGGUAAGCGGCGCGGGUCGCAUUGUUCGGGAGCGAAAAGGUGCAUUUAGCAUGGCGUUGAUCGUUUGUGUAGAGUUUCCGUAUGGUUAAUCUGGUAAUGUGGUAUCUUAGCUUGACCUCGCCUGUUACAUGAGACGUGAUCG